CCUUGGGRUCUUWGAAAAAGUUGUGUGAAUUUCAUUAAUAUGUCAAAAAGGUAUUUUUCASCUGUAUGUUCCAGAGCUGGCCUGGUGCUAUUUUCUGCUUUUGCAUGAUGAAUUAUCUGUCUGUUAUAUUGAGAUUUUAUUUURUUUAAAAUGUUGCACUUGUGCAAAAAGUGUUCUUAUGUUUGUUCAUUUAAAUGAAGAGGAGGUGAUCUUUGGGUGAUUCUUUUGUCAUUGUGGAUAGUAGGGAAUGGAUGGAUUUUUUUUCAGAGAACAGGAUUAAUAGAGGUGAGGAAAUCAUCAGUAUCUUGGAAAGCCAUUGAUCCAAAAUGACUGUUUUUAAAAUGAGUUGUCCUUCUGUGGUGAAGAACACAUAACCUUUUUGCAGCCUUUAAUUGCAUCUCAGUCAGUGGCAUUGAAUGUAAUAGGUUAAGAAAAUUGAAUUGGUCUUCCAAAGCAAUGUUUUCUCUCCAGUACUGUCUCAGCACCUGCAGUCCUCCCCAGUGGAAUUCAAUGCAAUUGGAGUAAACUCCUUUCAUUUUAUGCUUGUUAUCUGGGCAGCUGUGGAAGUGAAGGGAGAAGAAAUAAUUCAUCUGAAAUUACACAGAUAUUCCASUACAGCUGACAGUAUCCCUGCAAAGGAAUAAGACAUAACAAAUCCUACUGCGUUGUGAGGCAAGAAAAAUAUAUCCAAGCUUUUCCAGGAGGAAUGAACUGGACACCCUGAUCAAAGUACACAAUCAUUUGAUUGGUACAAGCUGAUCAUGGAGAUCCAGGCACAAAUACAGAAAACAAGGAAGAGAGAGAUCUAGUUAAUAAGUAAUUCCUCACCAUAAUGCAGGUUUGAACAAACAAUACAGUCUCCCAACAAUAAAGAUACAACAGUAUCUCAGCUGAAACACUCUCAAGCACAAGGAUAUUAUUCCUUUCUCUCACCAAGAAGAAAAUGAAAAACAAGACAAGUGUUGCUACCCAAGAAGGAGACAGAUGCCCAGACAACAGUGCAUUCAAGCAGCAGAGGCUGCCAGCUUGGAAGCCCCAGCUCACCAUUGCAUCUGUACUCUCCAGCUUCUUUCUGACAGGGGCUUUCUGCCUCGCCGUGGGAGUCUGCCUUGUCCUGUCUGCAAACAGCGUCAGAGAAAUCCAGAUAGAUUAUUCAGAUAAAUGCUCAGAUUGUUCAAAGCUCCGUGAAAAUUCCUCUAAUUGGAAUAAGGAAUGCCACUGUUCCAUUAAUUUCACGCUAAAGGAAGAUAUAUUGGGUGAUGUUUUUAUGUACUAUGGUCUGCAAAACUUCUAUCAAAACCACCGUCGAUACAUGAUGUCGAGAAGUGACGCACAACUGUUGGGCCGAAAUGUAAAUAUCCAGAGGAGCUACUGUGCACCCUUCAGCACCUACAGGAACGGGACCCCGAUGGCGCCGUGUGGGGCCAUUGCCAACAGCAUCUUCAAUGACACUAUUGAUCUUUUUUACAACCGUAAUUCAUCUGUGAUUCAAGUGCCACUGCUGAAGACUGGAAACAGUUGGUGGACAGAUAAAAAUGUGAAAUUUCGCAAUCCUAAAUCACACAAUCUCUCUUCUGCAUUUGCAGGGACAGCACACCCUCCUUACUGGCAGAAGCCAGUGUAUCUGCUGGAUGAGGAAGAUGAGAGGAACAAUGGUUAUGUGAACGAUGACUUCAUUGUCUGGAUGCGAGUGUCGGCCUUCGCCACGUUCCGCAAUCUCUACCGUCGCCUCAGGCGGACGCGGCACUUUGCAGACGGGCUGCCAGCCGGGAAUUACACCUUCCGCAUUUCUUACAAUUUCCCUGUUACCAGAUUCAAGGGGAGGAAGCASGUGAUCCUUUCAACCGUGGUGUGGAGCGGUGGGAGCAACCCAUUUCUGGGAAUUGCCUACGUGGUUUCUGGUGCAGCAGCAACCCUGACAGGUUUUGUCAUAACUGGUAUCCACUUGAAGCUCAGGAAAAAGAAAACAUAUUUUCAGAAGCAAUAAGGAUCACCUGACUCUCUGAACAAAGACAAAAGURUGCAGUGAACAAAGAAGGUGCAGCACAGACCUUUCACUGUUUCCCCUGAGCUCUGGAAUAUUUUCUGUAUCAGGUUGGGUGAAUGUAAGCAAACUGAGGGGCAGGGCCAUUCCAUCAUCUGAAACCAAACAUAUUGCCAUUCUUAUUAAUGUACGUGUGAACCUAAAUUUGUUUCCUGGGAAACUUGUAGUGAGAUGAGCUUCAAACAGCAGAUAGCACAGCAGGUUAGAACUGCAGUGGCAAAGAAAUUACAUGGUGAGAUCCUGACUCCAAUGAGUCAGGAUCCGUAUUAAUUUCUUUCUUGGCCCAUUUUUAAGACAACAUUUCUCUUAAAUGGAGCUUUGGAUGGUAAAAGUGAGGUCUUGAUCCAACAAAAAGCUUGAGCAGGUAGAACUGAUURCUAAAAUCUGCUCAUGGGCUACAGGUAUGUGCUGAAUGGUUUGGCUUGGGUUUUAUAUACCUUUUUCAGCUAUGCUGAAAAAGCAGCCAAUUUACAUCAGUGUAUUCACUCCAGUUUGAUACCUGAUUUGUGAUUUAAUACAGGGCAUUCAUUAAGAGUUUGGAGCGUGUUUAGAUCACAUUUAUUGGUUAUAUCUAGAUACUGAGAGCUGGAGAGCAUCCAGUCACAGAUUUACAUUUUUUUAGGUUACUAGUCAAUAGAAAUCUUCAAUUAAAAGCUCCUUUAAUGCAAAAUAUUUCAGCAGAAACAGCUACCUAAUAUAACUAUUAGGUCACAAUUGCACUCCUACCUACUCCACCCUUCCAUGUGAAAGUUCACAAAUUCUUACAUGACACAGAAUGAAGACUUACUGUCAAUAGAAAACAAAGCACCAGAAAAUCUGCCAACUAAAUUUUGAGAAAGCAAACACUGCAGCUCAUGAAUAGGUUCAUCAACUUUCAUAUUUCAYGUUCAAAAUUUUACACACUUAUGAGUUUGUGUUAGGUCUCACAAAAUGAAGGAACAGCACUGAAGAAUUUAGGUCAAGCAUACCAUGGUAGAUCCGAAUUUUUUUAAUCAAUUUUUCUGUUUCAAAACUGCAAGUGGAAUAAAACACUUYAAUUCCUUUUGUAAGUAUUUUGUGUGCCUUGAGUCUCUCUCUCUCCUAAAAAACCCUCUCACUAGAACAAGAAAGGWAUCACAGAGUGGAGCAGAAGGGGCUGUGUCACAGGGAGGCACCCCCAUCUCCUGGGGCUCUGGUGGCCUUUGGCAAUGGCCUCUGGUGAAGGUGUUUACAGCCACAGAAGAUGCAGGUUCCCUGGAGCUCUGAUUCCUGUCUGAGCCCUGAGCAGCAGAGGGGGAGCUGCUCUGGUUCCCAGCCCAGCCUGGGGGACAGGGAAAAU